UAAUGGAGGAAGAGCACAAUCACCUUGUUGAAAUCACACCUGAGAAAAUAUCAAUUUCACUUGACAAUUUAUCAACUUCCUUUAAUAUUCUAAAUCUAACAUUACAAUAUGUUCCCUAUAAAAUUAUUUCUCCAAAUCCUAUGAUAUUUCAGAUUCAACCUGAAGAAGGUAAAUCAUUAACUAAAAUUAAGGAAUUUUGGAUCCUUGUGAUAGUAUUGAUGUCAAAAUAACUGCAAUCAUCACAAGCUCAUUGAAUUUUUAAUGUUUUGAGAAAAACAAUAAAUUAACUAUAUUGACAUAAGAAGAUUCAGAAACUGACUGGAAAAAUGUAUUAAUAGAAAAUAUUCAAAGGUAUAUGUAAAUAAUUAUAUAUAGACAUGACAUUUUAAUAAAUAUUAUUAAGAGUACAAAUCCAUUUGUAAAGAUUGCAGAUAAUGUAAUAAUUGCAUAAAUAUAUAAUAAUUUCAAAUUCACAGAAGAAGAAAAGAAAAUAAUAAUUGAAUACAUCAUGAAUAAAUAUGGUAAGACUACUAAUUACAAUAUAUCAAAUACAAUGAUGAUUUUUAGAUAUUAGAAUUAAGUAUAAGGAGAUGUUCAUCUUAUUCAAUAUCCUGAUUCUACUAAUUAUUUUAUCUUAAGAACUUAUUCACCUUGUUUAUUAGUUAAUACACCUCCUAAAUAUUAAUUAGAACCUAUGAGUCCUUAAGCAAAAAAGAAAGUUAAAGAAAUAGAAUAACCCUAACCAUAAUAAUAAUAAUAAUAAUUAUAGAAGACUCCUAAACCAAAAAAAGCAAAAGAUGAUUUUAAAACAAAUUUAAAAUCUUCUGUUGAUAAAAAAGAAUUAAAAUAAUAAUAAUAAUUAUUUGCUUCAUUAUAAGUAUAAUCUAUAAAUAAAACAUAAUUUUAAGAAGAAUAAUAAAUUGAUACAAAUUCAGUUUAAGAUUAAUAGAAUAAUAAUGGAUUAAAUGAAAAUGUAUAAAUAAAUGAUGAUUCUCAACAACUUAAAGUUUCAACCACUUAAUAAGAUAAUUCUAUAAAUAAUUCAAAUAAAUAAUAAAAUACUUAAGAAAUAGAUUUAUAAAAAUCUUAAUAAAUAAUAUUUUAAUCACAAAUAGUCAAAAAUUAAUAAGAAACUUCAACUGUAGCAAAACCUCGUUACUAUUAAUCAGAGAUUAUACCUAAAAAUCAAUUAGAUCAAUUUAAAUAUGAGAAAUUUGAAUAAAGUUAGAAAACAAGAAAAAAAUAAAAUCUUAAAGGAAACUUUUAAAAUUUAGCUCCAAUUUAAAUGGAAUAGAAAUAAUAGAUAAAUGUUUCUGAGAAAUAAUAUAUUGAAUAAAAUCCUCCUAAAUUUAAAAAGAUUGCAAAUUUUAAUACAUAUUCAAAAAUAUAGUUUGUAGUCUUAUUUAAAGAUCAUUCAUAUUUAAUAACAGUAUCAGAUAAGGAAGUAAUAACAGUAUGGAAUUUGAAUCUUAAUUCUGAAGAAGGUAAAAUAAGAGAUCAUAGUGAAAUGAAAAAGAUUAGAAUAUUAAAGGUUUAUGAAUGGGCAGAUUCAUAUGAAAAGAAAUUUGGAACAUUAGCUACUGAUUAAAUGAUUAGAAUAUUUAGUAUAGAAGAAAUGAGAUUGAAAUAUAUUUGGAAAAUUGAUGAUUUUAGUGAAAUAACGUAUUUUCAUUAAUUAAUUUAGAUCGAUAGCAUUUUUAUCAGACAAAGAUUAAGUAUGUUUAGCAGGUACACCAUUAAAAUAAUUUAAUAUUUUUGGAAGCAAAUAUCCAAAAUAUAGAUUCUUAAGAGUUUAUAAUUCAAGAACACUUAAAGAAAUAUUAUCAUAAAAAAUAAAUGCUAAUGAAGGAUAAAUAUUAAAUCCAGUUGAAUAUACUGAUAAGUAAAGAAUAUUUAAAUAUAAAAAAUUAGUGAAAAUAUGAAACAUGCUAGAUUAAAUAAUAUUUUGGCUGUAAAUAAAUGUUACAAAGAAAAAGAUGGAGGAGAAAUACUAUUUUUCUUAGUAGAUAUGGCUAAUGUUUGUACUUUAAUAUUAACAUUAACUUAUGAAUAAAUAUAAGUUUGGAGUGUAAAGAGUCUUUAUUAUUUACCUUUAAGGGGUAGUUUUGUUGUAAUAGAAAGGAAUUCACCAAAAUCUUAUUAUUAAAAUGUAUUCAAAAUUAUUAUUAUUUAUUUUUAGAAAAUAUUUGUUAUUAAUGUUAAGUAAUUGUAGACUGAUGAUGGAUUAAAGAAUGGAAUUGUUUGUAAGUAAUUUGAAGAUUCAUCUGUUCUUGAUGAUGAAAUUUAUGUUUUACCUAGAUAAGAAUAAUUACUUAAAGUUAAGGGAGAUAUUGUAUAAUUGAUUGAUCUUAAAACUGAAGUUUAACUUAGUCUUUAGAUUUCAUAAUAAAUGGGAGAAAAUCCAUUGAAUAUGGUUUAAUCAGGAUAAAUUAUAAGAAUAGAUGGAGAAAACUUGUAAAUAUUAGACCUUAUAUGCUGA